UACUGCAUAAACCCGACCUCCUCCGGAAAGAAGAAAAAAAGAAGACUAGAAAAAACUUGAAAGCACCUCAGUGUGCAAAGCAGCCAAACAUGCAAUAACCACAACGUCGAUUUUUGAGAACAAUCCAUCACGCAUGCCACCGUGCGUGUUUCAAUAUCGAUGAGCGAUUUUGUAGCUAGAUGUAGCUACAUUUCACAUCGAGUUUGCUAACGUGUCGCUUGCGGAAUAUAUUUGGCUAACAUUAGCUAGGUACUGUUCUUGCAGAAAGUAGAUAACAAGUUGGCUAAGUUAUUCGCUAAUGGCUUUAUUCUCUGCUGUUGUGUACGUCCACGUGUUCAGUUCAAAGGAAUAUAUUUGAAAAUAUUUUUUUCAUGCAAAAGUGGAUCUGGCACUAAUUAUUGGAAGAAAAUUAUUCAGCUGCAUUUUGCGGAGGAGUUGCCAGUUGUUUGCUUAAGUUGUUUUUAAGGAGUAAAAGAGAGAUCCCCAGUUUUGGAGUUACCUUGUUGGCUACUUUUACUCAACAAAAAGGAGGGUGGUAGCUAGCAGUGUGAGCACGGACUUCAGAUGUGUUCAAUGCCUGCAGGAGAGAUACCUCUUCAGAGUAGACAUGGAGACAAGAACUCAGAAUGGCAAUGGGUCUCCUGGCUUGCUGCAUGUUCUCCGUGACAGCGGGGGACAGAAUGGGGAUCUCAAUCCCAGGGAGGCCUUGAGCCAGCAGGUCCAGGUGCUAUCACUGGAUCAGAUUCGGAUAAUCAGGAGUGCCAAUGAGUACACCGAAGGACCUAUGGUGGCCCCCAGACCAGGAAGUAAACAGGUCAGCACUUUGCCAACAUCCCAGCAGAAAACGGAGCCAGCUGAGGGCCUGUUGAUCGAGCAGGAGCAGCAGAGGUUUGUUCAAAGAGGGUAUGGUCAACAUCAACACGUGCACACUUCUCCAACCGCUUUUACCAGGUCAGUGAGUACAAUGAGCACGGGCUCCCGGAGUAGCACGCAGAUGAGCACCAGCAGCACGUCUUCCGAGCAUAGGCUUCUGGAGAGUUCCCACUCUGAGCGGAUUAUCAGAACGCAGCCCAAGCCCUCGGAAGUAAAGGUGGAGAAGCCGAAGCCCUCUGUGGAGGAGGAAUUGGGCAAGCAUGCGUACCGCUGCGAGGAGUGCGGGAAGUGCAAGUGUGAGGAGUGCACGUGCCCUCGGACCCUGCCAUCCUGCUGGGUCUGUGGCCGGCGGUGCGUCUGCUCCGCACAGAACGUCCUGGACUACGGCACUUGUGUAUGCUGUGUCAAGUGCCUUUUCUACCACUGCUCGAGUGAUGACGAGGACAUGUGCACAGACAAGCCCUGCUCUUGCAGCCAGUCCCACUGCUGUGUUCGCUGGUCUGCAAUGGGUGUCUUGUCUGUCUUUUUGCCUUGCUUGCUGUGUUACCUUCCUGCAAAGGGGUGCCUCAGCCUGACCCAGUGCUGCUAUGACAGGGCCAGGCGACCGGGCUGUCGGUGCAAAAACACCAACGUUGUGCACUGCAAAAAUACUGAGAAGUUAACGUAAGGCAAGCACCUUAAAUCAAUACGGAGCGUCAUCAACAGUAAUUAACUUUAGUUCUGGCACUGUAGUAGAUGAUGGGAUGGGGUACAUAGCUGUUUGUUUGAGGUGGUUCACAUUGUUUUUUUUGUUUUUUUUCCAGCUACAGUUUUUUAACAAGAGGUUUUCUGACAAAGGUUCAGAUUGUUAAUCGCACAAACUAUUAAUACAACUGAUAAGCUACAGCUACAAACUUUCCUUCCCAACUGUUUCUGAGUAGCAUUUGCAGAAUAUGUAAAUUAGCAGACUUUUUGCCAGAGAUGUUUUAUUUUUGUAUAUAUACAUUACAACUGUGAAACAUUGUGCCAACCCAGAGGCACGUUGAUUGAAAAAGUGUGUAUAUAUGUACACAUACUAAUGUUGUACAUUCAUUUGAAUGUAUAUCAGUCAAGUAGACUACCUUGCAUGAAUCGUAUCCCCUCAACUAUACAUGCAAAUUGUACAGUGAGCCUAAAAAAAGUAUAUUUUCUCAAUUUUCAGCAUAUUGUUUAGUGUAAAGAAUAUUUAUUUGAAGUUUUAUUAUUUUAUAAAAAAAACAUAUUUAUUUUGAGACAUCUAAAACAUUGCCCUGUUUUAAAGUAUACUUUUGUGGUUGCUGAAAAUGAGGGUGACAAGGGUGUCAGGCCUGAUGCAUAUGUUCACUAUAAAAUAGAAAAUAUAUUAAUGUUUGAAAGUAGA